AUGGAGCUCUACGCUGACAUCGUGCCACAGACCGCAGAGAACUUCCGACAGUUCUGCACAGGCGAGUACUUGAAGCACGGCAAGCCGAUUGGCUACAAGGGUUCGAACUUCCACCGGGUGAUCAAGGGCUUCAUGAUCCAGGGCGGCGACUUCCUCAACGGUGACGGCACCGGCAGCGCCAGCAUCUACGGCGACAAGUUCGCCGAUGAGAACUUCGAGGUCAAGCACACCGAGCCCGGCCUCCUCUCCAUGGCCAACUCGGGUCCUAACACGAACGGCUGCCAGUUCUUCAUCACGUGCGACGCGUGCGACUGGCUCGACAACAAGCACGUGGUGUUCGGCAAGGUGAUCGAGGACGGCCUCCGCGUCGUGCGCAUGAUCGAGAACGUCUCGACCAUCGGCUCCAACAACAAGCCCAAGCUCCCCAUCGCCAUCACCCAGUGCGGUCAGUACUGA